AUAACUUGCGUGGGGGCCGCCUCGUCUAAUCAGAGCGCGCCGUUCACCGGAUGUUGAUGUUGGCGGCGGUUUCCGGGUCCGGCCCCUUUUACUCCCUCAGCUGGUUGAGACGAAAGUCGGCUUCCGCGGAGGAAAGCAGAAAUGAAGAUCUUCUGUAACAUCUAGAGCCCUAAUAUGGUGGCUCUGCCGAUACCUGCCAUGGCAUCAGAGCUUUGUAAAACAAUAACAGAGGCAAAGCUCGAAAGGCACAAGAACUUAUUCUUGAACUACCGGAACCUGCAUCAUUUUCCUUUAGAGCUGCUAAAAGAUGAAGGCCUUCAGUACCUGGAACGGCUCUAUAUGAAAAGAAAUUCACUGACCACCUUGCCAGAAGACCUUGCUCAGAAGCUUCCAAACCUUGUGGAAUUGUAUCUCCAUUCAAAUAAUAUUGUUGUUAUACCUGAAGCCAUUGGCUCAUUGGUUAAACUGCAGUUUCUGGACUUGAGUGACAAUGCUCUUGAAAUCGUGUGCCCAGAGAUUGGCCGCCUGAGAUCUUUACGCCACCUUCGAUUGGCCAAUAAUCAGCUGAAGUAUUUGCCAGCAGAGGUUGGAGACCUUCGAGAACUGCAGACACUGGAUAUCUCAACGAAUCAUUUAAGAACUUUGCCCGAAAGACUCCAUAUGUGCCUCUCUCUUCAGUACCUAACUGCUGAUCGGAACCAUCUAUGGUACGUCCCUCGCCAUCUCUGCCAGCUUCCCAGUCUCAACGAAUUGUCCAUGGCUGGGAACUGCCUUGCAUUCUUGCCACUUGAUUUAGGUCGUUCCCGAGAACUUCAGUAUGUUUAUGUGGAUAACAACAUUCAUCUGAAAGGGCUUCCCUCCUACCUUUAUAAUAAAGUCAUUGGUUGUAGUGGCUGUGGGUCUCCCUUUCUCAAGUCAGAGAUGAAGCUUCUCUCCUUCACCUCGGGGCAACUGACGAUUUUCCUCCCAGCAGAGGUGAAGGCAAUAGGGACAGAUCUGGACCGUGUGCUGCCUUUGCAAGAAAUGGCCAUGAGGACAUUGUACAACACAUACAGCAGGUUUUUCAAAGAUUUGCAGUUCUUGACGCCAAUCUCAUUACCCAGAAGUCUCUUGGAACUGCUGCAUUGCCCCCUGGGACAUUGCCACCGUUGCAGCCAGCCCAUGUUUACAAUUGUCUACCCAAAGCUCUUUCCCUUGAGAGAGACACCGAUGGCAGGAUUGCAUCAGGGGAGGACAACUGUUAGCUUUGUGGCAUACUGCUGCUCCACCCAGUGUCUGCAGACUUUUGACCUAUUGAGUUGAUAAAUACUCCAAGCUCUUCAGGAGCAGUGCCAGCUUAAAGCUGCAUUAAAAUGUGUCUCCUGAUGGUUCUGGGAUACUGUGCGUGUGAGUGAGUGUGUAGAUGUGCCAAAGCACAAGUGGGAGUGCCCAGAUGGGAACACUGCAGACCUCUUGAAUCCUGUGCCCCGCAUCAGAUUUGGACAAAAGGCAGAAACUUCCUUGGGAACACUGGAAAACCUUUAGAACGGGCAGCUUUUGAAAACAGUUAACACCUUCCUGUUCCUUCGCAUGGGAGAAUGUAAACCAAACAAAGGUGCGAGGAAGCAGCUCUCUCAGCUAUGCAUUUGUAAAUGACGCCAUUCAAAGUGGGGUCAGUCGCUCAGACAACAUAAACGGGUGUCGUGAACAAUACAUCUGCAAACCCAGAAACUUCCUUUGCGGCUUCCCUAUUUGGCUGCAUAUGACCACCCUUUACAGAGCAGCCAUUUAAGGUAGUAGUUUGUUUGUGCCUGAGAGUUUCCUCCCUCCCGUUUUCCAUUCAGAAAGGAAAUGGGUUCUGCUUCGUGCCCAGCUGACUUCUUGGCAGUUGGUGAGACUUGUAAAAUCCACUGAUUUUUUUGAGUUUCAUUUGCCUGGAAUUGGGUUGGUUCAGGGAAAAAUUAAGAUAUUGCCCUGUAUAUAAAGCAGGCAACUUUAUGACUGCCAGAAAAGACAGAAAAUGGGUAAUUUCUUGGCAGACCUUUUCGGGUUAUCAUCUUGUGUUGUCUCAAAGCCAAAUAAGAGUUUCAAAUUAAUACGGCUUUUCAGAUGUUGGGCUGCAGUCUCCAUGAGCCCCUGGUAGCAUAGUUUCGGUUCAGCAACAUCUGGAUGCUCUUACUUUGGUCUUAAAAAUAUUGUUAGAUCGGAAGGGUUCAAAGGUUGGCUUCCUUACUUCUUUUUUCUGCCUUUAAAAUGUAAUGUGACUGUUAGUAGAGCUACAUUUGUAAGGUGUAAAAUAGUACAGUUGCAUAGCAGUAGGUUUAUCCAUUUCACUUCAGACAAGAUGUCCAAUAUCAGGGAAGGGAGAGUGCAGUAACUCAUUCGUCCUAAUAUUUGUUUUGAAAAGGCUAUGAUAGCAUUUUAAUUUGUUUGUGCUCCAGAAGAGCCUUGCAGAAAUCCAGUAUUAUUACUACCCUGAGGAUUGUUUCUGCGAAGCUUUGAUUGUUCUUAAUGGUGCAAAAGUCAGCUGGAAGCCCAAAUUCCUGGCCAUGCCUUCAGAAUUAAUUUUUUAACAGAAACCCACAUUUUAAAAAAGCAAUCUAAGGUCCUGACCUGAAGGCUUUACAAAGCUUAUUUCCAUUAAUAAGGUGGUGUAAAGACAUAAAAUGCAACAAACUGGUUGCAGGUUUUGACAAACAUACAUGCCCAUGUAUUUGAAUUGUCAAGUGUCAGUCAACUUUCAAGUAGCGUACUUGGAGGAGAUUUGGAGCACUCUUGAUGCAUUCUCAAGCACAACAGUAGUAAGAGGCAGACACAAGUCCAAAUGCAGGUCCGUUUGUGUUCUCCGGAAAGGAGCACAUUUUCUGAUUGUGUCAUUGUGCCAAAGAAAGCCUCUCUCCAUGGAUGCUUUUCUGAAACAAAGAAGACAGCUCCAGGAAGUUCAGAUUGCGAGUUGCUAUACACGGCCGGAAGUACAAUGCAUUUGGCUUCAUAUUUUUAUACGCUUCUGUCUGGAAAAAUGCCAUGAGUGUAAGGCAGUGGCGUGACUGAGAGGCUCAGUAUCUACUCCUCUAAAGUCUCCUUUUUGUAUGCAGGCUUAAGGAAUACGAACUUAAACCUGGAUCGUGCCUUAAUUUAAGAGCUUCAUUUCAUUUCUUAUGUAAAAGUUGACCUUCCUGAUCCUUUGAUAAGCUGGCCAAGAAUCCAUAACUAUUCCAACAGGCUGGGAAGGCUAUUGUAGCUUGAAUCUUUUUCCUGUUCCAGGAAGAACGGGUGCUCAGAGCCAUUCAAAGGGGUAUAGAAUAACCUCUUGCACAAAUGAGUGACUCCUUUUCAUGUAUCUUUGUUUAAAUGCUGGUGUAAAACUAACACUCUUUUGGUCAAAAGAAAUAGUUCAUUCUUACACAUUCUUUCUAUGCCAGCCAGGAGAUAGUCCCUCCUCUUCCUUUCUAUUUCCCCGGAGUUUGUUUUCUUAUUGCGGAUGAGGGAAAAGCAAGAGAUGGGAAGCCCCUUCAUUCCCCAAAGAUGUUCCAUCUGAUUUGGGGUAGCAAUAGGUAGGAGCUGCAUGUGGAGCCCACCUCCAACUGCUUGGAGGCAUCUGAUUUGCUAGUUUGAAGGAGGUAAUAAUUGAAUGCUUGAUUUUAACUAUGGCUCUUUCUAAAUGUCCUCACGCAAGAAUAAAAGCAAAACCUAAGUGUCUAGUA